AUGACCCAAAUGGCACAUCCGCUCCCAAGAUUGUUUACGCGGCGCUUCUGCCAACCCUCCACCUUUCCCAAGACCUUCAACUCUACCCCUCGAACCUUCCGAGCCUCGAUUCGCAAUUCACCGGCUAGACGCAGCUACGCUUCAGGAAAUCCAAACUCGAGUCCCUUGAAGAUCUGGCCCUUCGUCGGCAUUAUAUUUGCUGGAUCAGGAGCCUACGUGUUGAUGGUCAAGAGCCGAGUCGAAAUGGCCGAAUCAAAUGCCCAAAUCGCUGCCCCCAAGAAAGACACGCCCACCUUCUCCCCAGCCUCGGUCACCGUCAUCUUCGUCCUCGGCGGGCCAGGCGCAGGAAAAGGCACGCAGUGCGCCAACCUCGUGCGCGACUACCACUUCACCCACCUCUCGGCCGGCGACCUCCUCCGCGCCGAGCAGGUGCGCGCGGGCUCCGAGUUCGGCGAGCUGAUCCAGAGCUACAUCAAGGAGGGCAAGAUCGUGCCGAUGGAGGUGACGGUGCAGCUGCUGGAGAACGCCAUGCAGGAGGUGGUCAGCCGGAGCCCGGACGGCAAGGGCAAGUUCCUGAUCGACGGCUUCCCGCGCCAGAUGGACCAGGCGGUCAAGUUCGAGGAGGCCGUCUGCCCGGGCCGCUUCGUGCUCUUCUUCGACUGUCCCGAGGAGGAGAUGCAGCGGCGGCUGCUGAAGCGGGGGGAGACGAGCGGCCGGUCGGAUGAUAAUGCCGAGAGCAUCAAGAAGCGGUUCAAGACUUUCGUCGAGACGAGCAUGCCCGUCGUCGAUUUCUUCAGGCAGAAUAACCGGGUCAUCCAAGUCGUGGCUACGAAGACGCCGGAGGAGGUGUAUGCAGAAACGAAGAAGAAACUCGAAGAGAGGUUGGGAAAGGACUUUUAG